GACCGAGGGUGAACAAAGUGCUGGAGCUCGCACGUAAUGAUAAAAUGAUUGGUUCCAGUUUAGAAGCAAAGGUGUAUCUGUACACUGCAGAUGCAGGAAUGGCUACAAAAUUACUAGAGAUGAGUGAAGCAAAGAACGAGGCUGACACUCUGCAACGCAUAUUCAUAACAUCACAAGUUGAAGUAUUGCCUUCAAUGGAGAAGGAGAUGGUAAGCAGUGUGCAACACACAGGAGAGUAUGUAGAGGGAGAUAAGAAAGUGUGGAUUGGUGUGUCACGAGCUGAGGGGUCCAAGUGUGAGAGGUGCUGGAAUUACUCGGGCCAGGUCGGGUCAUUUUCCAACCAUCCUACUCUCUGUGGACGCUGCUUCAAUGUCAUUGUUGCUAAUCCGCCUGAGCCAGCAGUUGCAGCCUUGAUCAGCUCAGCCUGAAAUUUGCUCGCUCUAUACUGUAACAGUCCUUUGUCCAUUGCACAGUUUUCACAUUCUCUGAUUCAUUUUUGUUUCAGUAAACUCAAUAAACCUAAAUUUUGAUAUGUUCCCUUCCACCAAGAGCUUUUAAAAAUCAAACCAGAAACGUUCAGGGUUCAAUUUUAAAAA